AUGUCCGGCUUUAAGCCUCUACGGAUUGUGAUAGUCGGCGCUGGUCUGGGCGGUCUAGCUGCAGCAUUCUGCUUUGCCAGAGAUGGCCAUUCUGUCGACCUCUACGAGAGAUACUCAUCAUUCGAGCCCAGAGGCGGUGGUAUCAUGCUCAGACCGAACGCUACCAGAUUCUUGAGACAAUGGGGUCUCGAGGACGACUUCAAGCGUAUUGCAAACCCGGCUGCUGGAACCACGUUCUACAAUGCGCAUUCUGGCAAAUUUACAUCGCAUAUCCCAGGCUCGCCGGCUCUCAUGGGUGGCAACCCGGACUCGCAGACUGUUCGACGUGAGACCCAGAUACUGUUUCAUGAUAAAGCAAAGGCAGCUGGAGCACAUCUACAUUUCGGCGUUGCCGUUGCUGAUGUCGAGGAGGACUCUACAGCAGCAUCGAUUGUCCUGGAGUCUGGGAAGAGGGUGGAAGCCGACAUCGUCCUUGCAGCAGACGGGGUAUUGUCACGGCUUCGACCGAAGAUCAUACCGGGCGCACCUGGGCCCAUUGUGGGUAACACGACUUUGCACCAAGCACAGGCCGCCGAGCACGAACUGCUCGCAGACAAGGAUGCUCAAGAUCUUGUCAAGACCAACGAUUUGGAAGUUUACAUGGUCCGCGGCGGUGGCGGAUAUGUUGUCAGUAGCUAUAAGAGGAGCUUCGGCAGACAUAGUGCUGUGUUCGGCAUACCUGAAGCAGCUGAUGCAGACGAGCGCAUGUGGGAUGAACACGGCGACAUCGACUACGUCCGAGACUACUUCAAGGACUCCCAUCCGAAGCUCAAAGCAUUCCUAAACAUUGUCACUUCUUGCGACCGAUGGCGUCUCGCCGAAAUGCCGGAUCUCCCACAAUGGGUCAGCAAACACGGUCGCUUAGUACUGCUGGGUAACUCUGCGCAUGCCAUGUAUCCUAAUGCUGCGAUGGGCUUCUCUUCGAUUGUGGAAGAUAUUGCGGCACUGUCGUAUCUCCUCAAGACAGAGCAACAUCGGGGCAUCCCAGCUCUGACUAUUAUCUGGCAGGAGGUGAGGAUACCUCGUGUCAACAGGGUGAAGGCUUUGGCGAGCUGGAAUCAGAGUCUGUAUACCACAGGGGUGAAUACUGGCUCGGGAACUAGGAAAGAUAGCGCGGGCAGAAGCAAGGCGGCAGCGGUAUCAUUCGCGGACGUCGAGCCGGAUAGAGAUGCUGACUUCAGGACACAGGCAUUUGUGAAGUGGGCGUUUGGGUACGAUGCCGUGGAAGAGGUGAAGAAGCACAUGAAAAACGUGGCACACCAGUCUCGACUGUAA